CAUGUAUGUUUGUUUGGUAAACUGAUAAUAAAAUCCACAAAUCUAGUUUAAAAUGGCCUGCUUUGUUAGUAUCCCACACGAAAAGGCAAACGAAAUAUCUUCAAAGCCCCUUAGUUUAGGGCUGAAGAUCUCAAGAGCGGCACUUGAAAGCAGCAUUAGUAAUUCCGGGAAAGCCUCCACGCACGCGACGUUUUUGAUGAUUACUAGGCAACCGCGCUGAAAAACACUGCCACGCGGAGCUGCGGGCUGUGCGGAGAACUUGAUCCAUGUUUGGCUUAUUAAUCGUUGUUAAUGAUGAACACGAAACUCUCUGUAACCUGGGAAGCUGACAGUCAGCUUGUUGCGCAGCUCUCAGGUCAGCUGCUAGCUGCUCACCGACCACAGAUGUGAGCGAGUUUGUUGAAUCAUGCGUGUUGACAACGGCACUUAACCGCCAUGGUCGGUACAAUAUACGACCAGACGCAGUCUGACAUUGCCCAGGAAUGAAUGAACCGAGUUUACACUUUGUCACUGGGACUAUCUAAAGAAGGUUAAAUUGGGACGAUUUCGGGGGAUACUCUGCUCCUGCCGUCCCACUCUCUCGGACAGCCGAAGCUACUUUGUUCAGCGUCUGGUUGAAUCUAGAUUUUCGCUUUUCCCAAUACUUCUUGACGUUUCCUGGCACUCGACGAUUGGCAACAUAAAUGAUGAAGUUUAAGCCCAACCAGACCAGGACGUACGACGGCGAAGGGUUCAAGAGAAGAGCGGCGUGUUUGUGUUUCAAAAACGAAAAAGAGGACGAGGUGCUACUGGUGAGCAGCAGUCGACAUCCAGACCAAUGGAUUGUGCCAGGAGGAGGAAUGGAGCCUAAAGAGGAGCCCUGUGGGGCCGCCGUCAGGGAGGUGUACGAAGAGGCUGGUGUGAAGGGAAUGCUUGGCAGACUACUCGGGAUUUUUGAGCACAAUCAGGACAGAAAGCACAGGACGUACGUAUUUACCCUCAUAGUGACGGAGACACUGGAGGACUGGGAGGACUCUGUCAACAUUGGGAGGAAGAGGAAGUGGUUCAAAGUUGACGAAGCAAUCAGGGUGCUGCAGAGCCACAAGCCUGUCCAUGCAGAGUACCUACGCAGUCUCACAACCGCCUGUAAUCCUACCUGCAGUCCCGCGUGUAGCCCGACUAACGGCAACACCCCGAGCUCCCAAGUGACGGACAACAACACACCUCACUAUGUUGUUUGCUCCACACAGGGCUCAGAUCUAGUCAACAGAUAGGACCAUCACCAGCAGCAAGCAGUUCUUCUAAGAGGAUACCGGGAUGGACAUAUCAUCUAAAAAAGACUUCUGCAUUGAUUGCAUUACUAACGCAGCCUCUUAAUAUGUACAGUAUGGACUUCCUUGAAGCUGAUUUGAAAUCUAUUUCGAGUGGGCUUGAAGAGUGCCAAAAUGUUUUCCAAGUAUAUUUAAGAUUUUAUAUGUAUAUUUUUUAACAACCAUCACCAGCUAAUAGAGCAAAGGUGUCCCUGUAAAGCAUCCAGCUUUAGAUGGAUUUUCUCAGUGUGCUGCUUAUGCAAUGUAAAAGUCUUUUUUAGUCUUACAUGCCGAAUAUUUGACUAGCAGUGCACAAAGUGUUUGCUCUAAGAGGAAGUCAUAUCCCCACAGUGACUCAGUGCCAAAUAAUGCCCUUCUGCAAGACGUUUUGAAGAGGAGUCGCCACGUGUAUGAAUAUUUUAUUACAAUUCAGUUUUUUGUGAAUUGUUGUGACACUUUUUGGGAGAAAAGCUAAUGUCCUCUCACUAUAGCUCAAGUCUUGUAGGGUAUUUUGCCUAAAGAGAGCUGAGGGCAAUGUCUGUCUUUGAUGGAACAAGUGUGAACAACAUUGCUCCUCCAGUAAUUACCACCUUACAAGUACACACAGUAUCAUCUCUAAUUACUAGUAACAGUGUAACACUGUAAUAAAGAUUAGGCGAAAAUCUGAAAACCAGCCACCACACUGAAAUGGAGACUUACAUAGUCCUUCCUCAAACAUCCUUUUAGUUGUACAUAAAUUUAAUGUUGUCAGGCUGACAACUAAAUUGAACAAUGACAGUAUAUUGGUACAGUUACAUAAAUAUCAGCUUUUGUAUAGUAGAACAGAACUGCAGUCAGCAUAAUCUUGCAAAUGUGCCGAAGAAAGACAGUACAAACACAGAUGCAUCAUACAAGAAAUAAUACAUAUCUUCUGAAGAAACUAUUAAGUGCAUUUGACAAAUGUGAAGUCCUGUGUCUGAGAAGACAAUAAGGAGGCCUUGCUUUUAGAUAAGAAUUACAAUGUGUUUUAGUCUGAUUCUUCUAAGUGCUUGAACAAACACAACAGUAAAUUGUGUUUAGUUUCUCAACACUGUGCACCUAUCAGCAGUGACUGGAAGCAGUACAAUCUGCCUUACACACACUGUCAAAACCAGCCCCUUAUAUUUCUCAGCUGAGGUUAGAUUUGAACAAUAGGAUGUUGAAGGAAACUUGGAAUUGUUGUUACAUCUGAAAGUACAGUAUUUAGUAAGAGUUGACUGAACUUUAUUUAUGUUUCAUAGGGAAAUGCCCCCUCCCAUCAUGAACAGGAAACUAUGACAGGAAGUCAUGGUCAGUGUGUAGGCCAGACUUUUUUGUUGUUUUUUUUUGCACCAGAAAAAGAGCACAAAUUAUAUGAUAAAUUAAUUAACUAUCAUUGACUCUUGUACUUAAGUAGGAUGGAAAAGAUCAAUGAUGACUAACCCUUUUUUUCUGUGUGCAUGUGUGACUGGAAUAUUCUGCUGUUCAUCAUCAUGUUUGUAUAUAAAAGCUUUAAAUGAAAAAAAAAAAAGAUGA